CCGGCGCUCGAGAUCGAGAUCUUCGUGGACUUUUGCUGCCCCUACAGCCGCAAGCUCUUCGACACGGUCUACGGCGGCGUCGUGGGCGCCGCGCCGGCGGGCCAGGUCGAGCUCAUCCUCCAGAACGUCGUCCAGUGCUGGCACCCCCAGUCCGCCUACAUGCACGAGGCGUCGCUCGCCGUGCGCGCGCUCGACGAGGCCAAGUUCUUCCCGUUCGCGGCGAAGCUCUUCUCGCGCCAGGUCGAGUUCUUCGACGCGCACAUCUGGGACAUGAGCCGCGCGCAGAUCUACGACGCCCUCGUCGAGAUCGCGUCGGAGUUCGUCGACGCCGAGGCGCUCAGGGCGAAGCUCGCGCGGACGAUCGUCGAGGGGUCGCUGAACACGGGCAACGCCGCGACGCUCGACCUCAAGUGGGCGACGAAGUACCACCGCGUCCGCGGCGUCCACGUCACGCCCACGGUCUUCCUCAACGGCGUCGAGGCGCCCGACGUCUCCUCGGGCUGGGACGCGGACCAGUGG